AUGCAACUCACCUGCAACCUCUUCAUUCUCCUCAACAAACCCACAAUCCCUAAACUCUCCUUCAAACCUCGUUUCUGCUACUCCUCCGACUCCAACUCCAACUCCAACUCCAACUCCAACUCCAACUCCGUCCAAGCCGAUAGCCUCAAAACCCUUGAAUGGAACUCAAUAUGCAAGCAACUCUCCGCCUUCACCUCCACCUCAAUGGGCUCCUCCGCCGCCAACAACGCCCGUUUACCCAUCGGCCGCACUCCACACGACAGCCAAAAGCUUCUCGAUCAGACUUCCGCCGCCCGACUCAUCAUCCCUCAACAACAACUCCACCUCUCCGAAAUUCACGACUUAACUGACAUCUUAUCCAUUGCCGUUUCCGGUCAGUUGCUCACUAUUCCCGAGCUUUGCACCGUUCGUCGCACACUCACUGCUGCCAGGGAAUUGUUUCACACUCUGAAAAUAUUGGCUUCCGAGUCUAAUCAUUCACACAGGUACUCACCCCUUCUUGAAAUACUACAAAAUUGUAAUUUCCUACAAGACUUGGAGCGUAAAAUAGACUUUUGUGUAGAUUGCAGUCUUUCAGUUAUUCUUGAUAGAGCAAGUGAAGACCUGGAGAUUAUUAGAUCAGAAAGAAGGAGGAACAUUGACAUUUUAGAUUCUUUCUUGAAGGAAGUAUCAUCUCAAAUUUUUCGGGCUGGGGGUAUUGACAGACCAUUUAUAACUAAGCGUCGAUCUAGAAUGUGUGUGGGUAUUAGAGCUUCCCAUAGGCAUUUGCUUCCAGAAGGUGUUGUUCUGAAUGCCAGCAGCUCUGGAGCAACCUACUUUAUGGAACCGAAAGAAGCUAUAGAUUUGAACAACAUGGAAGUUAGGCUUUCAAACUCUGAGGCGGCUGAGGAAAGAGCAAUUUUGAGUGUGCUUGCGUCUGAAAUAGCAAAUUCAGAAUCAGAGAUAAAUUGUUUAUUGGAUAAAAUUCUUGAGGUUGAUCUUGCUUUCGCAAGAGCCGCCUAUGCUCAAUGGAUGAAUGGUGUAUGUCCAAUUUUCAGUUUAGGUACUCUUGAAGGCUGUGAUUCUGUUGAAGUCGUGCAAGAGGAUGACGAUUUAACAGUAAAUAUUGAGGGUAUGCGACAUCCAUUACUACUGGAGUCGUCUCUAGAAAACAUUUCGGAUAAUGUUACACUUAGGUCUGGAAAUUCUGCUGAGUCGGUUAAUGGAAAUGGAACAGUGGUUUCUACAGACACAUCACAAGGCUUAACAGACUUCCCUGUGCCAGUUGACUUCAAAAUUAGAAACGGAACUAGAGUGGUGGUGAUCUCAGGACCUAAUACUGGAGGGAAGACUGCUUCCAUGAAAACGUUGGGCCUGGCAUCACUUAUGUCAAAAGCCGGAAUGCAUCUGCCUGCCAAGACAAGUCCAAAACUUCCUUGGUAUGACCUUAUCCUAGCAGAUAUUGGAGACCACCAGUCCCUUGAACAAAAUCUCUCAACUUUUAGUGGGCACAUCUCACGUAUUCGUAAGUUUUUGGAAGUGGCUUCAAAACAAUCACUUGUUCUCAUCGAUGAAAUUGGUGGUGGAACUGAUCCUUCAGAAGGUGUAGCUCUUUCUGCCAGUAUCUUGCAAUAUCUGAGUGAUCAUGUUAACUUGGCUGUUGUGACCACUCAUUAUGCUGAUCUAAGUGCUAUGAAGGAAAAGGAUAACCGUUUUGAAAAUGCAGCAAUGGAAUUUUCACUGGAAACCUUGCAACCAACUUAUAGGGUCCUCUGGGGAUGUAUAGGCGAUUCAAAUGCAUUAAGCAUAGCACAGUUUAUUGGCUUUGAUAAAAAUAUAAUUGAUCACGCACAAAAGUGGGUGGAGAAGCUAAAACCAGAACAGCAGCAAGAGCGGAGAGGAAUGCUCUACCAGUCAUUACAGGAGGAAAAAAAUCGAUUAAAGGCUCAAGCUGAAAAGGCUGCUUCUGCUCAUGCAGAAAUUAUGAAAGUGUACUCUGAGAUCCAAAGUGAGGCAGAUGACCUCGAUAGGCGAGAAAUAGUGCUAAUGGCAAAGGAAGCUCAACAGGUCCAAGAAGAGUUAGAGAGUGCAAGAUCUCAAAUGGAAACUGUGAUAAAGAAAUUUGAAAAGAAACUAAAAAAUUUGGACCGUGACCAACUCAAUUCACUUAUUAAAGAAUCUGAAGCUGCAAUUGCCUCCAUUGUAAAAGCUCAUACUCCUGCUGUUGGUUUUCUCAUCAGUGAUGCUGAUCUCACUGCAUCCUAUACUCCACAGUUUGGAGAUCAAGUCAGUGUCAAGGGAUUGGGAGGGAAAUUAGCAAGAGUUGUAGAAUCGCCUGGGAAUGGUGGAACAAUCUUGGUACAGUAUGGUAAAAUGAAAGUACGUGUGAAGAAAAAUAGCAUCAGAGCUAUUCGACAAAGCGCAAAGACUCCUGCAACUAUUUCUGCCACUCGUCAGAGGAAGCAGAGUUCGCUGAAUGGAGAAUCCCAGGGUAACUUAAAGACCAACAGCAGCAAUGACGAACCUUCAUAUAGUCCUGUGGUGCAAACAUCCAAGAAUACUGUGGAUCUACGAGGUAUGCGACUGGAAGAAGCUGCUAUCCAUCUUGAGAUGGCAAUUAACGCAAGUCAGCCAUAUUCAGUUCUCUUUGUAAUUCAUGGGAUGGGCACCGGUGCUGUUAAAGAUCGCGCACUUGCUAUUCUGCAAAAGCAUCCACGCGUCACUAAUUAUGAACCAGAAAGUCCAAUGAAUUAUGGUUGUACAAUUGCACAUGUCAAGUGA